AUGCUGUACUUGCUGUACCUUGUCGUGUUGUUCCACCUACCAGUGGCAGCCUACUACCCGCACACAGCGUCAAUCACUGAGCAGAAGUUGAAGACGACAGUGAUGAACAUCAUGAUUUACGGCGUGAUUGAGUUCGCCUCGUUCGGCGCGCUCCUCGUGCUCUUGAGACGCAAGUUCGGCUUUUCACCGCUGUAUCAACUCGCGUUUGUACUCGAGGCGCACGCUCCCGCAUUGCAAGGCUAUCUCUUCGUGUGGACCAUCACGAUCUUGCAUCUAACGCUCAAGCACUACGGUACG